AUGUGUUUUGCAGCGAUCAUGUUGAGCCGCCAGCAUGUGCAGAGCUGGCAAGGAAUCUACUUUCGCCUGCGAUCAGAAUCGCUCGCGAUGCCUUUGACCCCGGAGGCUGUGGCGGAGAUCAGUCGCCUGGUGGAGGAGAGCAGUCGGAAGGGGGACUUUCUGGUUCGCAAUGUCCAGCAGAUCUUUGCCGUGCUCAAGCGACACUCCCUGCUUCAGCGCAUGCGAAUCCCACCCAAGGCUGUCGGAGUGCACCCAGCCAAUCGGGAUGGGGCAUGUCUUGUAGUUCAAGACGUCCAUGAGCUGUUGGACAAUAUCUCCGCUGUCGGCUUCGAGCCGACUCGGACGAAUCCCAUUGCCAUUGCAGCUUCCAGCGAGGCUGAGCAGCACUUCAACAAGCAGCUGGUUGAGUCUGCAGGUGGUCAGCUCGGCCGGCUUGAACUUGGAGAAGUGAAAGUGCUCUCCCUCAGCAGUUCCCACACCAAUUUUGCACUUCGGUUGGUGGCUGACGGAGCACCCCACAAAUCGGAGGUAAUCUCGGUUCAGGGCACUCUCUCCCUAGAGCUAGUGCAGAAGCGGGACCCGGUGCUCGCUGAGUGUGUACUCCAAGGCCUGGAGUGGACGGUCAUCGCAGCUGAAGUGGGCCAGAAGUGGCAUUGUGGCGGUGCGGAUGCAUUCUUUCUCGCCGAGACUGAGAUGUUUCUUCGCAGUCACGGCCAGAGCAAGGGCAUGGGACCUUCCUUCUGGGAGAAUGUGUCGGCGGACUUGAAGAAGGGCGACCAAGUGACCUUCUUCAGGCAUGCUUUGGUGAAACUUGCACUGAGCACCAAUCUGGUGACUGCCACAUCUGUCAAGAAGGCAUUGGCCAAAGAUGCCCUUCCCAACGCCAUCAAAGCCGACGAGGCAAUGUCCAAGAUUCGCAGCAUGCUCACCGGAGCCGGUGUGCAGUUGAUGAGCGACACUCGGCUAGUGAAUCUCUUGGGGGUCACGGAUUGCACGAUGGCGAAGCUCGUCUUGGGCCUGAGCCCUGAGGACGACAAGAAGUACAAGGCUGUGGAAGCAGUGGCCCAUGAUUGCAUCACGGUGGCGAAUGGCCUGCUUGGGACAGCUCUGGAGUCGCCUUGGGCGGGCGAUGCGGAAGUGAUGGAUGCAGGGCAACAGCAGGAGUCUUCGGGGUCCCAGGGGGUCCAGGAAAGACUCCGGGAGCUGAAUCCAGACGGCAGCCUCAAGAAUCCGCUUGAGCUCCUCAGUGCUGAGGGCUUCAUCGUUGGUGCCUGCAUCAAGAAGAAAGGCGAGAAGUUCGAAGGCCAAAUCGGCGCCAUGGACGACAGCAAUGUCACCGUCAAGGAUCUGAAGUCCGGUGGAGUGUUGAAGGUGCCGGCGAGAGAUUUGCUGAAUUCGGGAUGGAUGGUUUUCAAGCCGAAAGCGGAGCCCGAGUCCAUUGCUAGUUUGCAGUCCAUGGGGCCCAAGAGGAACAACGAUUUCUUGGCCGGCUUGGUGAUCGCUGAGAUUCAUCAGGCAAUGCAUGAGUUGGUCAUGUCCGGGACCGUACAAUCGUCGGUUCGCAUCCCAAUGUUGAAGAACAGCAAGGAGAUUGGCACGGGGACUGCUCUGCAUAUCCUGAAGGUGAAGCAGGCUGACGACGAGGAACCAACACAUAGCUGGAAUCUGCCUGCCAUGAACUUGACUGUCGAGAAGAAGAUGGUGCUGUAUGUGAAUGGCAACCAUUGCAUCCCCGAGCAGAAAUCUGUCGACGGUGAGACCUACAUGCUUCUCAAGAAGUGGGAUCGUGCCCUUGUCAAAACACUGACAGGGAAAUCCUUAGACCUCCGGCCAGGCAAAGCCAGUGGUUCGUUGAACAUUGACAUCUGGGACAAAAUGAUCCGCGCGAGACAAGACAAGGCAAACCAGGUGUUGCAGGAGGCAUUGAACACGGAGGAGGAUGCUGCGACUGAGAACAAGAGGAAGUCCAAGAAGCCGCAAGUGGUCAAAGCCCUAUCGAAACAUGCACUGGUGUUGCCGCUGAAAUUCACCAUCUCGGUCCAGGGGCACGAGUUCCAGGUGCUGUUCGACGGAGUCGGAACAAAAUCGGUGUGGAUCGAAUUCUCCGAAGAGAACCUGAAAUGGCUGAAGAAUAGUGUCGACAGCAGUGAGCAGAAACCCCGCAAGAAAAGGCGAACCAGUCGCCGAUCGGGCAAUGAUCAGGAGAAGUCGCAGGAGAAGUCGGAUGAUGACAACGAUGAGAAGAACGAGGAAAGCAGUUCCGAGAACUAA